AUGGGGCAGUCGGAGUCUCAGGAUGCUGACGAUGAGCUGGAGCUAUCCGAGAUACAAGAUCUUUACAAGACUUUCAUCAUGGAAUGCCCGAGCGGGUCUCUUCAUUUACACGAAUUCAAAAAAAUUUUUGGUGUGAAAACAGGGGCAAGUCCUGAGUCCACGUACAUGGAUAAUUUAUUUCGUUCAUUUGAUAUGAAUGGGGAUAACACGUUGGAUUUUAUUGAAUAUGUGGCGGCUUUACAUCUUGUGCUCCGUGGGAAGCUGGAAGAUAAACUAAGGUGGUCUUUUAAAGUUUUUGACAGCGACGAGAAUGGACGCCUAGACAGACGUGAGCUUAGACGAAUUAUCAGGAUCAUUUACAAGAUAAAGCAGGGUAAUAUCACUGACGAAACGGGAAACAACUUACUAACUGUGGAACAAGUUUGCAACCGGAUUUUUGACCGCAUCGAUGAGAACGGUGAUGGUCAGAUAUCUCUGGAGGAGUUUUUGGAUGGUGCCCAGAAGGAUCCAUGGGUACUCGGAUUUCUGAAGUUGGACGUGAACCCAAGCCGCUGGUUGCACAGUCAUCAAAAAAAGUCAAAUGGAUUAAAAGUGACUAAGCAAGAAACACAUUCAACAUGUACUCCUGAAGAAACUAACUAA